AUGUCUACGUCCGAACACGCGUCACCUCCUCGGGUUCUACGUGUCCCUAGGUCUGAUGAGCCCGACAGUUAUGUGCUGCUCCACGUCGCGCGCACCAAUACGGCUGCACUCGACUUGAAUCUCACUGCAACGGAAGGAGAAUUUCCGUAUAAUGGGGUCGUGCGACAGGCUCGUGCGCAGACUCAUCGUUCAAAGAGUUACCAGGGAACCGAUGAGGACUGGGUUCUUAUCCUACUGCGUGCCUUGGGUCAGCUAGAGAUCAAUACAGAUAAUUCAGAUCUGCUAUCUGGUAUUGAAUUAUCAGCUAGCAUCAAGGGACAGGGUAGGCAGGGCAAUCAACUGGUCCUCACUAUUCGCCGGAGGGUCCAAACUAUAACUCAAAGACUCGGUUCUAUAGCGUUAAAACAGGAUGAUGAACAAGCUAUCCAGCUCUUUGACUGGUCUGCCGUCGCCGUUGCCAGAGCUGAUAUGCUUGAGCAGCAGUUAUUAAACUUGCAACGGCACUAUCACGAAGCCGACAGCACUAUCGAGCAGCUCAAUAAGCAAAUUGAAGACUUCAUCUCUGCAAAACGCCGCCAUGAGGAACAGCUUAUGACGAACUUUACGCAAGUUCUAAAUCAGAAAAAGCUCAAAAUUCGCAAUCAACAACGCUUGUUGGCUUCGGCGAAAAUUGAUGUGGACGAUGCUGGUAAACAUCAGGCUGCCUCAUCAAAAGUCGGGGCCCGUGUCGGGAGCAAGAAGCAUGCGAAACGUCCUAUUGUGGAAACGAGCGAUGACGAUGCUGAAAGCGAUAAUGGCUCGGAGAGCUUGGAUCAGACCAAGCCUCAAACCAGCCCAGGAAGAAUCUCAGAUACGGACGAUGAACCGAAUUCUACUCCCCAGCCAUUGGAGGAUGUAGAUGAUACUACUGAUGAAGAUUCACCUACAGCGUCCGGCAUCGACCAGGGGCUAAGUGAACAAAAUAAAACGGAAGAAGCCUACCAUCCAUCUAGGAUGCAAAAACAGUCACCGCCACCCCGCAGGGAACUUCCAUUCACCAGAGGGUCAGGAUCAAGGAAAGACACAGUACAAGGUCUACAGCAUCAACAAGACAAUGCCGAAGAAACCGCAGGCGAGACAGACGAUGAUGAGCUAUGA